UUAGCAGCAGUGUGUUGACUCUGUGUUCGUAUGUCCGCCUCACAAUGCUCUUUUGUAGAUUUAUGGGCGUCAAACAAAUGUAUAAUGAAAGUCUUUUAUCUUGAAGAUAAGAUACACUUUAUUGUGCAAUUUGAUCUUUAAAGUGGCUGGCAUAUGAGGUAGAGAAAGACAUUGAUGUGAUCCUUCUUUGAGAAGCCACAAUGAAGACAUAUAUGCGAAGAGCUGGAAUAAUUGCAGCCUUUUUACUCUUAAUAUACUUCAUCAUUUACAUGAUCGCGAGUUGGAGGACAGGCAAAUCUUUUCCAGAGGGAGCCUCUAAUCAAGAGGUUGUGAGGAGGAAACUGGACCGGAUUGAAAAGACCCUAAACAAGCUCACAAAGCUGAUAGAAGUAUCUGGUCUGAAGAACUCCACCAAUGAAGUAUUACUAAAUAUGGAUCAAGUGAAAGAGAAGAUUGUGAUGCCAAAGUUAUAUCCAAACUCCAUCCUGUUUGCCCAGUGGGGCGAUGACCUGUCAGAAGAGGAACAGAAGGAGGCUGAGGGGCUGUUUCAGAUUUAUGGAUACAAUGCCUUCCUGAGUAACCAGUUGCCAAUAGACAGGAAGCUUUCAGAUACAAGAGACAAAAGGUGUCUGAUGAAGAAUUAUCCCAGGGACCUGCCAACCAUCAGUGUGGUACUGAUCUACAUAAACGAGGCUCUUUCGGUCAUUAAAAGGGCCGUACGAAGCAUCAUCACCCACACUCCAAAGCACCUGCUGAGGGAAAUCGUUCUAGUGGAUGACUAUAGUACUUACAAUGACCUUGGAAAACCACUACAAGACUACAUUGAUCAGAUUCACAAAGAGAGGCCAGGACUCAUAAAGAAAGUGUGGCAUCAGCAACAAAUGGGGUUGUCCCAGUCCCGGAUCUCAGGCUGGCAGCAUUCCACAGCAGAUGUUGUGGCCAUUUUGGAUGCCCAUGUUGAAACCACAGAGGGAUGGGCAGAGCCUCUGCUGGACAGGAUCAAAGCGGACAGGACAGUGGUGGUGUCCCCUGUGUUUGAUAAGGUGUAUUUUGACGAUCUACACGUAGAAAGAUAUCACCCGUCCGCUCAUGGCUUUGACUGGGCUUUGUGGUGUAUGUACGAGUCCUUUAGGCCAGAGUGGCUGAAGACGGGGGAUGAAUCUCAGCCUGGGAAGAGUCCCUCUGUUAUGGGAAUCUUUGCAGCAGACAGACUCUUCCUUGGAGAAAUCGGUGGGCUUGAUGGCGGAAUGACAGUUUACGGAGGAGAAAAUGUUGAACUUGGGAUUCGUGUGUGGCUGUGUGGAGGCAGCGUAGAGGUUGUGCCUUGCUCGAGGGUAGCUCACAUUGAGAGGACACAUAAACCGUAUGCACGUGAUCUCAACCCUUCCAUGAGGAGAAAUGCACUGAGGGUCGCAGAUAUCUGGUUGGAUGAGUACAAGCGGAACGUGCUCAUUGCCUGGAACCUUCCUUUUAAGAAUCAUGGAAUCGAUACCGGCGACGUGUCCGAGAGGAGGAAGCUCAGAGAAAAGCUGAAAUGUAAACCUUUCAAGUGGUACCUGGACAAUGUCUAUCCAAGUCUGGACACAUGGGAUAACCUCUUGGGGUAUGGCGUGCUGCAGAACACCCUUCUUAGGAGCCACUGUGUGGACCAGGGAGUUGUUCCAGGAAACAUCCCCAUCCUGUAUGGAUGCCACUCCCAGCAGACACAGCAUUGCUACUAUAACGCAGACGGUGAAAUCAUCAUUGGGGGGAUUAAAUCUCACAAAUAUAACAGUAACCGCUGCCUGGUUGAUCCAGGCUCUGGCAGCACUCCCACCCUGCAGGACUGUCAGCUGGCUAGACUAAAGCAACUACACAUGCACUGGGACUUCAAACAAGGCCAAUCAAUCCGAAACAACUCAACACAGAGAUGUCUUGAGAUCGCCCAGGGAGAAAGCUCUUAUUAUGAGGUCAUCAUUCAACAGUGCAGUGGACAGAGCUGGACGAUUGAGCAUCUCAUCACAGUGAAUGCACUCCAAGCUUUUGAGGAAAAGCAGAAAAGCAUGCACAAAAUGCUUGAAGAGGACAGAGGCAGAAAAGCUGCAGAGGUCGAACAGCCAUCAGUCAAAAAGCAGCCACAGCAACCUGAAGCAAAGAUGCAAGACCAACAGAAGGCCCCCAAAGAGAAAAAGUCCAAUAAACUGUUCCCAGACUCUGUCCUGUUCCAGACGUGGGGGGAAAAUCUGUCUGAGGACGACCAAAGAGAGGCGCAGCUUUUGUAUGAGAAGUACGGAUACAACGUUUUCCUCAGUGAUCGCCUUCCUCUAGAUCGAGCUCUCCCAGACACCAGGGAUAAAAGGUGUCUUACAAAGAGUUACCCAAAGGACCUGCCAAGCCUUGGAGUGGUGUUGAUCUACCUGAAUGAGGCCCUGUCAGUCAUCAAAAGAGCUCUGUGCAGUAUCAUCGACCGCACCUCUAAAAACCUGCUGAAGGAAAUAAUAUUGGUGGAUGACAACAGCUCCAAUGACGACUUGAAGGGGGACCUUGACGUGUACGUGAAGAUGAUCGAGCAGCAGAACCCGAGUCUCCGUAUUACAAGAGUGAAGCACAGUGAGCAGCGAGGCCUUUCAUAUGCCAGGGUUUCUGGAUGGAGGGCUGCUACUGCUGACGUGGUGGCCAUACUGGACGCGCACAUUGAAGUCCAUGAGCUGUGGGCUGAACCCCUGCUGACACAGAUCAAAGGUGACCGGACGGUGGUGACGUCCCCAGUGUUCGACAAAGUCCACUUUGAUGACCUCAGGGUUGCUGAAUACUUUCCAGCAGCACACGCCUUCGACUGGGCUUUAUGGUGCAUGUACGAGGGGUUUUCGGACGACUAUUACAAACUCGGAGACGGCUCGUUGCCUGGAAAAAGUCCAUCUGUCAUGGGGAUCCUGGUAGCUGACAGGAAGUAUCUAGGAGAAAUUGGAGUCCUCGAUGAAGGCAUGAAAGUGUACGGUGGAGAAAAUGUUGAGCUGGGAAUUCGUGUGUGGACAUGUGGAGGCAGUGUUGAAGUAGUUCCAUGCUCAAAGAUCGCUCACAUCGAGAGGGCCCACAAGCCCUACAUGCCUGACCUGAGCCAAGCCAUGAGGAGAAACGCCCUGAGGGUAGCAGAAAUCUGGAUGGAUGAAUACAAACACAACGUCAACUUGGCAUGGAACGUGCCACUCGAGAAUCACGGAAUUGACAUCGGGGACAUCUCAGAGAGGAAAAAACUCAGGGAAACGUUAAAAUGCAAACCUUUCAAAUGGUACCUGGAAAAUGUGUAUCCCAAAUUGGAUCCCUUGGACAACCUAGUUGCUUAUGGCGUACUGAAGAAUCUUGAUGCUGAUAUGUGCUUAGACCAAGGCCCAGUACCAGGCCAGACACCCAUCGCCUACGGCUGCCACUACUAUGCACCUCAAGUCACCUAUUAUCGCUCAAACGGUGAGCUUUAUAUCGGCGGCAUCAAGUCCCAUAGGUACAAUGACAACCGGUGUUUAACUGACAUUGGGAAAAAUGAUACAGAGCCUGGCCUUUACAACUGCAAAGAGGCUGUGCGGAAAGGAAUGGGGAUUUACUGGAACUUCACUCAGGGCAAAGAAAUGAGGAACACAGAGACAAAGAGAUGUCUGGAGAUUAAAAACGGCAAACUUGUAAUACAGGAAUGCUCUGGCCAAAGAUGGGAAAUCCAACACAUAAUCAAGCCGUUUUAAAAGUGUGAGUGUGUGUGUGUGUGUGUGUGUGUGUGGGUUUAAGCUUUGUUUGUUUUGCUGUUUAAAUAAAGUUGUGUCUGCCUGCUUCCCUCCAUGGCAGAAGUGAAUAAAUGCUAUUAGUUAGAUGCAUCAUUGCUAUGAUAAAAUGUAAAUUUAAGGUUUUAGUUCUAUAACAAUUGCCCAGUUAUUACAAAUGCUACAUCUGGAAGCAUUUUUAUGCAAUAUGUUUGGUGCUUUUGGGUGAAUCUCAGGUUUGAAAAUGUAUUUAUCCUCUCUGCAGAGAAAGUCAAACACAACUCAUGGUAAAGGAAAUGUAAAUAGAAUAAAGGUCAAUGAAGGUAUAACAGUGGAUUAAGAAAAUAAUGAAAGUGCUGAGUAAACAGCAGUGCAGAGGUGUAACAAGUGCAGAGUUCAAAAGCUUAACCAAGCCUCCUUCUACAAAGACGACUUUGUGGAUGACUGAGUUCCCAACAGGUUUAAAUCUACUGUACACUGUUUUUUUUUCCAUUAUUAAAGGUUUGUCUUGUUACUUAUGUAAUCCUGAAAAGAUAUGCAUAAAGUAACUAUCUGUGUAAACUAUGUGUUAUUUAAUUACAUUGAGUGUAAAAAAUGAUAUUGAUGUGUUCUAAGAAUAUAAUUACCCACAGCCUUCAUUUCUUCUGGGGAGCCUUGUCCAGAAGAGUGAUAGCUAUAUUUGGGACUUAGUUUGUGGAUUUACAUGGGGGUUGGUAGUCUUUUUAUUUACAGCACACCUCAGUGGAGGCCAACAAAGGGAACAAAUGUUGAUCAUUGUCCUUUUUUUUAUUAUUUGGAAAUAAACAUGAUUCAUAAAACUGGUUGUUUGAA